AUGAAUCCGUAUGUUGAAGUGACUCUGAGCUGGCUCCUCAAGAACUCCCGCGCCCACGACGCUAAAUCCUUCUACACAUCCCCCGCCUUCGCCUCUCACCCGGAGCAGACCAUCACCGUCACGUCCCCAGACUGCGGUGCGUCUCCCGCGACCCUGGGCCCAGAGUACAUCACAGAGGGCGGCGGCCGCAUCCCCGCGCUCUCGUGGACCGCGCCGCUGGACAUCGAGUCUAAGGUGAAGGAGUGGCUCAUCGUUGUCGAGGACCCGGAUGCGCCCUUGCCGACGCCCAUCUGCCACGGAGUAUAUGGCGGCAUCGCUUCUGAGAAGAAGCAGGUGAACCCGAAAGACUUUGAGAUUGAAGAUGAGAGCAAAUCUCUCUUAAAGGGAGGUUUUCAUUGGGGCAAGGGGCGGAGGGAGGGCGUGUAUGUCCCUCCGCGGCCGCUCAUGAACCACGGCACCCACAGAUAUUUCUUCCAAAUCGUGGCUUUGAGCGAGCCGCUGGACAAGAAGAUGCUGGAGGCACGGGCUACCAGGGAACAGGUCGCCGAAGCUGUCCGAGGCAAAGUUCUAGGUUGGGGUAUGUGGAUUGGAAGCUGCGAGAGGAAGUGGACUUGA